UAAACUUUGCGCUUGUGCGUGCUCGGUGUCCACUCAUUUCCCACUGGGAAAGGGCUAGGCUCGGACAUAGUCAUCCCACUUCGUUGGGCAGACUGCCAUCAUGGAAAGAAGAUGGCAGACACUUGUUGCUGUCGCCCUUGCACUUGUUUUACCAGUUGUGACUGUUGGGUUCAACAUCAGGAACGAGCGGACCGGCAGGUGUCUCACAGCCCUGAAACACAAAGGGCGGCACAGGCUGGAGCUGGCUGACUGUCAACCAGACUCCGAUGGGCAACAGUGGCACUGGGACCCAGAAAGCUGCUCCAUCAAAAGCCUCGAGGCAGACGAAUGCCUGAGCGCAGCUGGAACUUACCCCAAACACGACGGCGUCCGCUUGCGCAGUUGUCACGUUGAUGAUGGGGAUGGGGAUGAUGAUGAUGAUUAUGGCGGCCGAAGUAGGGGGGAUACCCAGGCUUGGACCUGCUCCAAGAAGGGCCACAUCACUCUACAAGGCAACCGGCUCUAUCUGAGUGUCAGGCAUAACCAAGAGCUCCCAGUCCCUACCAAGACCAAGCUGCUCCACCUGUCCAAGGAGAGAGGCCAGGAGAGCCAGUGGAGGACCCUGAGCAACAGCACUGUUUGUGGGGAGGGCGGUGGUGGUGAUGGGGGUAGGGGCAUGUGUCUCCGGCGACCACCACACAACAUCGAGCUGCAUCCCACAACCACACCGUCCAUGCUGCCCUUGUCUCUCUCAGACAGUGAGAUGCCUCUGAGUCACAUGCAAGCGGGGGAGGGUAUGGACUCUCCUGAUCCCACAGGACAGAGCACCAACACGAGCCUUCCUGUCCAGCCCCUCAUGCCUGGCCAAGGCCUGGCGGACUUCUUUGCCAUGGACUUUGGACUGCCCUGGAAGGUGACCAUGCUGGUCUUAAGUUCCCUGGCUCUUGUUUUGGGAUUUGUCAUCCUGAUACUCAGCAUUCUCCAGAACAGGAAGAAGAGCGUGGUGGUGUUGAAGUCCUACACGCGUACGGGCGAGGAGAGUCAGCCGGGCUCCCCCGUGCUCCACGACCGCGCGCCCCUCACCAAGAACCCCAUGCGUACCCCCGCCCAGACCCCCACUCUCAUCCGCGGCGAGAUCCUGGUGGCAUGGAAGGAUGGCACCGUCACCCCACUGUUCGAUGGCACCUACCAGGCAGAGUGAUCUGUGUACAGUACAGCUGCCUAGACACACUGGCUCCAUAAUAUACAGUACAUGUAGUUCAUUUCCGUUGCAGUUUAUUAGGGACCGUGUACAAUUAUAAAACAUAAAUGUUGCCAUUUCUUGCAUCGUAUACCGGAGAGUUAGCCUUGGGUUAAUUUACAUCUGCAGUCCCAGGCAGGGCAAGUCAGAUGCCACAUAGCUGAAGGAUAUGUCAGUGUUAUGGUGAUUAUACGCGGGACAACUUUUUGUGCAUUGUUUCUGGACAACAAUAUUGUAAUAUUGUUACAGUGUUUAUCACUCUAUAGCACUUAUCAAGAGAACUUGGAUUAUUAGCAGACAUUUUUUUGUGUUCAUUCCAUCAGAUAAUUACUGUAUGAGCCAAUCAUGGCGUUGCCCGGCAACAUUGCUCAGACAGUUGUCCUGCGUUUCAUUCAACUGACAACCCCACAGGGAUAAUAUCCUACUGUGCGCACCUGUCUAACUACAGAGGUGUGCAAGAGCGUAAAUUUGACCUGUGUGGCAUUGCCUUUAGUCUUGACGUUGUCGGGUGGCUGCGCGCAUCCAAAUUAACAUUUGCAGGUGCAAGGCUAUAGCAGCAGACAGUACCGUAUAAGAAAAGCUUGGUCUGCACACUGCAUGUGUGCUCCAAAAACUCAACUUGAUUGAAUUAUACACCAUGCUCAAUGAAGAUCCAGGGAGAUUUUUUUAAAUUAAAUUAAGUUCACAGUUUUGGUGCACAAACAUGGUGUUUAGACCAACAGUUUCCUAAUGGUAGUGUUGGCACCACCUGCCAGGUAGAAUUGUCUGGGACGCUUGCUGAGUGAUAACACCUGCAUGGAUGCUACGUAGGCUACAGUCUAAUGUGGUUGCAUAUAUACAAAUU